AUGAAACGAUAUAUUAAUUUAAGUAAUUAUAAAUACGUGGACAAGCAAAUAAAGGGAUAUAAACAAAAUGAAAAACAAUCAAAUUUCUAUAUGCCCAAUUGUUUUUUCGCUAGUUAUAAAAAUGGAAUAAAGAAUAGUCAGACCAUCUCUCAAACCAAUUUUAAGCAGAUUAAGAUUUUUACAAAAUUGGGGAAAAUAAAAAAUAAGGUGGCAUAUCCUCUACAAUUUGAACUUAGUGAGAAAAAUGAAAAUUUGCAAAACUGUUCUAAACAUAUUUUGAAAAAAAUAGAAAAUGCUAGCAGCAAUGCGACCAAGCUCAGUGUUGGAAAUGCAUUAACAAGUAAAAUAAACGAAUCCAAUUUGAAGUCAUUACAUUUAGGGAAAUUUCACUAUUCAUCAAGUUUGAAUGCUCAUAAUGAAGAGAAAAAAAGUGAUAAAAACAAGAUUAAAGAAAUAAUUAAAAAAAAUAUUAAUAGUUAUAUUAUUUUUUCACGAAUGCAUAUUCCAACUGGUACCUAUUUGACAUUAUAUUCAGCUUUGUGGGGGUAUUUAUUGACAUACGAUGUUAGCAAGCUAUUUUUAGUAAACAAUGAGACAAAUAUAAAUGAAAUAAAAAAUAUUAUUAAAAAUGUUUCUUUAUUUAUUUUUGGAGCAUAUAAUAGUAGAACAAUUGGAUGUAUGAUUAACGAUUUUUUAGAUAAAAAAUAUGAUAAGCAUGUUGAGAGAACAAGGAAUCGUCCAUUAGCAGAUGGAUCAAUAUCUACUCCUCAAGCUUUAAUUUACAUGUUUAUACAUUCAUCUUUAUCGCUUAUGACACUAUUUCAAUUUAGUAAUGAAACAAUAUAUACAGGUUUAUUUUCUUCUUUCUUUAUUAUGACAUAUCCAUUAUUAAAAAGAAUAACAUAUUAUGCACAAGUAUAUUUAUCUUUUACAUUUAAUCUAGGUUUUUUUAUAACAUCAAGUGUGAAUAUAAAUAUAUUAGAAAAUAUAGGACCAUUAAUUAUAAGCUUUAUUCCAUUAUGCUAUUUGACAAUUAUUUAUGAUACAAUAUAUGCACAUCAAGAUAAAACAGAUGAUAUUAAAUUAAAAUUAAAAUCGCUAGCUAUAAAAUGGGAUAAAAAUACUAUAAAAUAUUCUAAAAUAUUAAUUAUUAAUAUGAUUUAUUUACUUUAUAUAUCAGCAUAUCUAUUUGAUAUGCAUUAUUCUUAUUAUGCAUUUACAACAUUUAAUGUUGCUUAUUUAUAUUAUUUAAUUAAUGGUGUAUCAUUAGAUGAUAAAGAAACAUGUAUGAAUUUUUUCAAAAAAUCGAAAAAUAUUUUAUUCUUAUUUUUUCUAGCUUCUUUAACUGCAAAAAUGUUUGAAGCUUUAGAGAAAAAGAAUAAUGAUAAAGGGGGCUCAACUGAAAUCGAAAACAAAAAUACAGAAUGA